UUCCUCAUUCAAAAUGCUGCUUAUCUCUUUCAUCAUUCAAAACCCCUUUUCUCUUCAAAGAACCCAGAAGGCCAGAACCCUAAAAGCUUCGAAGAACCCCAGUCCUCACCCCAGCACUCCGUCGUCACUCUCUCUUUUGGCACUCCCACCAUCGCUGCUCCUUCGGCGGUGGUUCUCUCUGGUGGUGACUCCCUCGUCGCACACCGUCCGUCGCAAGCUUUCCGUCGCAAGUCUCUCUGGUGGUGACUUCCUCCGAGUUCACUCGGUCGACUCGGAGCAGCCUCUGGACCCUGAAUCCAUCUUCUCCGAGAACGAUGAAGAUUCGAGCCCUAAAUUCAGGGGGCGAAGAGGUGUUCUCCACUUGUUCCGGAGCUCCUCUCAUUCCUCAAUCCCAAGCCCUAGCUCUGGCUCUUCUCUUGUCUUCAUUCUCACCGUUCCCAAUCACCUCUCCUUCGAUGACCUCAUUCGCUGGUGCGGGCCCCACCUCCACCAUCUCCACCGCCUCCUCUUCAUCAGGGUAGGUAUAGGUGAAAUAAAGAAGAUGGCUUUUCCAGGAGCAAAUGAAUCCAUGUCAGGAGCAAGUUCACCACAGAGAAAGAUGGGAAGGGGUAAGAUUGAGAUCAAGAGGAUUGAGAACACUACAAAUCGCCAAGUAACCUUUUGCAAGCACAGAAAUGGUCUUCUCAAGAAAGCAUAUGAGUUAUCUGUGCUUUGUGAUGCUGAGGUUGCUCUUAUAGUUUUCUCCAGCCGUGGUCGCCUUUAUGAAUAUGCCAAUAACAGAUGCAUUCCCUACAGAUACAAGAAUAAUGGAACACAUGACAAAGAAAUAGAGGUUCUUGUGAUUAGUGCUCCGAAGGGCAAAGGAAUGCAGUUCCCAAAGAUAGAAGUGGAAUACUCACUACACUUUGCGAGCACUCCUUUCAAUCCCCUUGGUGUUUUAAAGUGGACAUACUUGUCUUGCCAGGAAGGAAGCACCUUACUAUAUGCCUUCUAUAUCUCAGCAUGUAUGAUUUUAGAAAUAGAGUGACCUCAUAUGAACAUAAAGUUUCAACACUACUUUUGCAGUUUGAUUGUUCUGUGUUGUAUUUGCUAUUAUUAUGUGGGAAUUUCUGGUACCAACAGCUGUUUCUGGUUUUAUUGCAAGUGACAUGAAAGGAUUAUAAUGUUGUCUGAUAAUUAUUUCUGAAGGGCUUAUGAUCAUAAUAAAAAAUUAAAAAUUAGUUAUGACUAGUAUUAUUUCAAGUCUUAUUAUUUAAUUUUGUUGAACUUAGUUCAUAAAAAGACUUAGAUGUAUAAUAUUAUUCUGAUUUAGAGAAGGUAUAAUUUGUGUGUUGAGAUUUUAAACACUA